AUGGCCGCGCAAUUGUCGUCCAACUGGAAGAAGCUGCAGGCCCAAAUCAAGGCAGAACCGUCCAAGCCAAAGGCGGCAGACAAGCCGAAGACGGCGGCCAAGCCGGCAGCGAAGGCGGUAGCGGGGAAGAAACGACCACACGGCGGCGAGGACUCGGCGCGCAAGGGCAGACCGCCGGCAAAAAGGUCUCGGCCAGAAACCGCAUCUGCGACCGGAAAGACAAAACCUAGAACGAGCCCCAAAACAAUGGGCGUGGCACAGUCGUCGAAGCUAUCCAAUGAGGCUGCCUACGACCACAACGGCAAGGGCCAGAUGCUGCCCAAGGGCAUCACGCCGUCGCUGGCGCUGUGGGCCGAGGACCACGACAUUUCGGCCGAGGACAUGGCGCAGGCGUACGGGCUGGGCGGUGUAGCGACGUCAACGCUGUCUGGGGGCCGGGCCAAGGUCGGCGCGGCCGCCGUGGGCGACACUGCAGCAGCAGCCUCGUCCGCCGUGACGGACCGUGAAAACGCGGGUCGCACGCCCGACCUAGCGGUCGGCAAGUACAUUGCGCUGGACUGCGAGAUGGUGGGCGUCGGCGCGGACGGACGGGACGACGCGCUGGCGCGGGUCAGCGUGGUGGAUUUCUUUGGGCGGCAGGUGUACGACUCGUUUGUGAAGCCACAGGCAGGGCAACGGGUAACGGACUGGCGGACACAUGUCAGCGGUGUGUCGGCGCGGCAUCUGCGGUUGGCGCGGCCGUUCGAAGAGGUGCGGACCGCCAUCGAGGAUCUGCUGCGGGGGGAGGACGAUGUAGGCGGAGCCAAAAAGGAGACGCGCAUCCUUGUCGGGCACGACGUAAAGCACGAUCUGACGGUGCUGGGCCUGAGCCACCCGCCACGGCUGAUCCGGGACACGGCCAAGUUUUCCGGUUUCAAAAAGUACGGCCACGGGCCCAAGCCGGCACUGCGGGUGCUGGCGCGGGAAAUUCUGGGCAUUGAGAUCCAGGGAGGCGCUCACUCGAGUGUCGAGGACGCGCGGGUGACAAUGCAGCUGUUCCGGCAGCACAAACCGGCGUUUGACGUGGAGUGUGCCAACAAGUUUGGACCGGAGCCGACGUCGGGCGCAACGAAAAGCAAAGGAGGCAAAAAGAAGAAGAGGUGA